UAUUAAAGAUAAUAUAUUUAAGUGUUUUUCUUCUAUAACUAUGUUCACUUCACUUUAUCAAAGGUUUUCUAAUAUGAAUUUUAAGAAAUCCAUUCUUUCCAUUUUAUUUAUAGUAUGACUCAUUAUCCACUUAUAUACUCCGAUUUCUAAAAUAAAAUGGUAUUACUAUUUUAUUAAUAACAUGAUUUUCUUUCUUUUUUAAAAAAAAGAUAAAUAAAAAAAAUAAAUAAAUAAACUUCUACAACUCUACAUGAAAAUGAUGAAAUCCGUCCCAAACUUUAACUCAUUAGAUUUUUGCCAUUUAGACAUUCACCAUAUCACCAAAUCACAAAAACCAUACAAAAGAGGUUUAAACCGAAAACUAUUCUUAUCUUCCCAAUCAUCCCCCCUAAGGUUGAAGCAACAUCUUCUGUUCUACACAAUUCCACCUCUUCAAUCUUCAGGGGCAUUAUAUUAUUCGAGGUAGAAUUAAUUUCAUAUCUCCCUUCACUUCUUCACCUAUACUACUGAAGAAACUCAAUUUUUAUGGUUGCUUUUUUUUGGAUUUAAGCUUAAUUAUAACUCUGAUUAACAGUAUAAAGAAUUGGGUUUUUAAUUUUUUUGUUGCCAAUUAUAGUUUUGAUGGGUCAAUUUCAGUAGCAAUUUCGCAAUCACAUAAUCAAAAUGUCAUCUUUUUGCCUUGUUUCUAGUUGUGGAUUAGUGGGUAAUCCCAGAAGUUAUAAAUUUCAUGCUGUUAGAGCUAAAUCUUUUGAUAGCUGUAUAUGUAGAUCUUAUUCUGUAUUGCCCAAUUAUAAUUGUGCUUCUUUUUAUUCAAUGAAGCCUCAAAUUUAUAGUAAUUUGCUGCCUGAGGUUGUUUGUUGUAGUAAAGUAAGGUCAAUUAGUGAUAGAACUAGUAAAAAUAAAGAUGCCCUUUUGGAGAAUAGGGAGUUUUUUGAUGUAAAGAGGAGAUUUUCGUUACGAUUGCGGCCGAGGUUGAGGUUGUUGUCAUUAAGAUUGAAAAGGGUUUCGGUUAGAUCAACGUUGAAUGAUUUUGGGAUGUUUUUGAGAAAGCAUAUGAAGAAGGUUACCCUUGUCACUUCAAUUUCCUUUGCUUUAGGAGUUUGUUAUUUGUUUGUGAAGUUAAUGUCAAUUCCAUCACCGAAAGUUGUUCCUUAUUCGGACUUGGUAAUGAGCAUUCAAACUGGGUCUGCUUCGAAAGUUCUUUUCGAAGAAGGGUCUCGCCGGAUAUACUACAAUACUAAGGCUCCUAAUGUUGAAUCUCCUCAAUCAGAGGAAGAGAAUUCGGGUUUGGAGAAUGAUCAAGCUGAAAAUGUAGCAGCUGGAGUUGCUGCCGCGGCUGGGGUUACCACUGAAGUUAGUACCACAGGUGUGCCUGCAAAAGGCACUAGGAAAAAAUCUGCUGCUCCUCAGUGGCAGUAUGCUACUAGAAAGGUUGAUAAUGACGAAAGCUUUCUCUUAGGUUUGAUGCGAGAAAAGGGUAUUACAUACAGUUCAGCUCCUCAAUCAGCACUAAUGUCAUUCAGGAGUAUAUUACUUACUAUCUUGACAUUAUGGAUUCCACUGGCUCCGUUAAUGUGGCUACUGUAUCGACAACUUUAUGCUUCUAAUGGGCCUGCGAAGAAACGAAAGCCUAGUAAUCAGGCUGUUAGCUUUGAUGAUGUGGAAGGUGUUGAUACUGCAAAAGUUGAGCUCAUGGAGAUAGUAUUGUGCCUUCAGGGUGCUAUCAAUUACAACAAAUUAGGAGCAAGGUUACCACGAGGUGUUCUGCUGGUAGGUCCUCCUGGAACUGGAAAAACCUUGCUAGCCCGUGCUGUGGCAGGAGAAGCUGGUGUACCAUUCUUCUCUGUAUCAGCCAGUGAAUUUGUUGAGUUGUUUGUCGGGAGAGGAGCUGCACGUAUUAGAGAACUUUUCAGUGUUGCAAGGAAAUGUGCUCCAUCAAUUAUAUUCAUUGAUGAACUUGAUGCUGUUGGAGGAAGGCGGGGUAGAAGUUUCAAUGAUGAACGUGAUCAGACACUCAACCAGUUGCUGACAGAAAUGGACGGAUUUGAGUCAGAUACAAAGGUGAUUGUUAUUGCUGCAACAAACAGACCUGAAGCAUUAGAUCAGGCUCUUUGUCGUCCUGGUCGCUUCUCAAGGAAAGUUCUUGUAGGGGAGCCAGAUGAAGAAGGGAGGAAAAAGAUACUGGCUGUGCAUUUAAGGGAUAUUCCUCUUGAGGAAGAUAAACAGCUUAUCUGCAACCUCGUUGCAUCCCUCACCCAAGGCCUUGUUGGUGCUGAUCUUGCCAACAUUGUCAAUGAAGCUGCAUUACUUGCUGCACGCAGAGGUGGAGAAGCAGUUUCAAGAGAAGAUAUAAUGGAGGGCAUAGAACGAGCAAAGUUUGGGAUCAACAACAAGCAACCAAUCGCGAGUGUAAUCAGCAAGGAGCUUGGUAAAUUAUUCCCCUGGAUGCCAUCUAUUAUGGGAAAAUCUGAUACAAAAACUGAAGGAACUCAGGGGCCACUAGGUUAUCAAACAUUAAGCUCAUGAUACCACAAUUCUUUUUUUUUUUUUUUUUUUUUUUUUUGGUAAUGGUUAUAUUUUUUGCCACAUUUACUUUAAAAAAUGAAGGUCUCUGUUACAGUCUUAUACAGCAGAAAACUUGGCUCUUUUCUGUAGUUAGUUUAGAGGUGGGCCAGGCUAUUAGUGGAUUAGGCUGGCCAGGCCCAGGCCCAUAUGGCCUCAACUUGGAUAGCAUCAUAGCAGGCCAGGCCCUUGCUUGGACCCAGUGAAAGAGAUUGAUGGAUUCUGGGCUUUGUUUCAAAAAUUUACUCGGACACUUCAGAUGCCUGUUUAAGGCCUGGCCUGGUAUUUUCGGCCUUAUUUAGCAACAUUUUGACAA